AUGGGCGAGAGGAUAGCCUCUAAACUGGGUCGCAGCAUGCGCAAGGCUGUUGGAAGGCUGGCCAAGAAGCACGGCCUGACCGACCAGGCGCGGGCCAACCGUAUUAUGACAAUCGACCAGCUGAAGCAGCACAUUGAAGAAACGCUAAGCACAACACGAAAGAUGUUCGGGCUGGGAGAAGUACGCAUUCUUGCUGUACUCUUUGUCCUGUUGGUUGCUCCGGCCGGCGCUCGCCGCAGAGCUAUCACGAGGCUUCGUUUCAGGGAUAUACGCGUCGUUCUAGCGAGGGAUCCAGAAGGCGGACCGCAUAAGCUUCUCAUUCGGUUCACUCCGAAGUUCACGAAGGAGUACCUUGGUGCUAAAGCUCACCCACACGUGUUUCUUCUGGGUAUCCGUCACCAGACAUUCCGUGCAACCAGCCUCACCACACCGGAUCAGCUGAAAAAGCUUGAUAUUUGCCCUGGUGAGCUCGAGUUGCCUUUACCGUUACGGGAGGAUCUAGACGACACGUACAUUCUCCGUCGGGCUGUCCUGACAACUACAGGCUAUGUCCUAUCCAACGACCCCAUUUCCGAGGCCAUGAUGGGGGCCUGGUUCAAGAGAAUCGGAGAGCUUCUUGGGUUGGAAUACUCUACCAUACUUUACAGCUUGCGCUACAACGCAGCGAACGGAUUUGAUCAAAGCGCCGAUGUCAGCGAGGCACUCCGAAACCUUGUCUUGGGUCACGCCAGCUCCGAACCGUUUCGACAUCACUAUCUCGGACGUGAAAUUGGCGCCGACCUUUGGGGCAUCCGCCGUGGCCAAAAGCCGCAACAGGCGCUGAUCAAGCAGUCUGACAGUGUUGGCCACUCCAUCAGCAAGCGUCGGCUGACUGAUCUCACGCAGGAACAGUCUGCCUCCAUCGCCACUCAUCCUACAAUCCGAAGAUUGACGAUGGCCCUUUGA